CGUUCCGUCUAAUCAAAAUGAUAUGUUCAAGAUGCGAAAAAUAUGUACGAACAAAAACGAUUCAACUCGAUCUACGGAGUUUGAACAUUCAGGGCGACGUCCACCGCAUAGACUGCAUCGAUAGCACUCACUUCGUAGCUGUAACAUUAAAUGACGAGAUAAUCAACGUUGAUGAUGCUUAUUGCGAUCGACUCGACAAUGAAUGGCGGGAGGUCCAAACGGAUCGUGAUAAAGUGCUUUUUUAUAUACUGAGCCAAAUCGUUUAUCCAAAUUUCGACGCACCACGACCGGAAAAAUAUGAGUCGUUGUAUACUCUGGUAGACGAGUCCGAUGUCAUUUUACUAAGAUGGCAAGGAGGCAAAGCGAUCGGAUUUUAUACCGUUAAACCUAUAGGUACAGAAAUAUUCUCGAUGAAAGAGAGAUACAUAAUGCCUGUAGUAGAUUCGGUGUAUAUUCGUUCGGAAUAUAGGAAUCGAGGUUUCGGUACAGGAAUCCUAUCGGAUGUAAUCGCACGUUUCCCAAACGAAGAUAUCGGUUUUUCGAAGCCGAUCUCCAGCGGAAUGUUGAGAAUAUUGAAGACAUUUUUGACGAAUCGCAAGGAGUAUCGAUUGCGUUUCUGGGAGAUCGCGGACUGUGAUGUCAACGGGUCUCAGCAACUGAUAUGGUGUAAUUUAAAAAGAGCAGCUUUAUGA